GCUGGGGACUGGAGCAUGGGACGGCGCGCCUGAAGGAGCAGGGGCGAGGCAGGGGCCUGGGAGCCCGGCAGCAAAAGAGGAGAGCGAGGGGCCCGAGAGCAAAGGAGGAAAAUGCAACUGACUCGCUGCUGCUUCGUGUUCCUAGUGCAGGGAAGCCUCUAUCUGGUCAUCUGUGGCCUGGAUGAUGGCCCUCCUGGCUCAGAGGACCCUGAGCGCGAUGACCAUGAGAGCCAGCCCCGGCCUCGGAUGCCUCGGAAGCGGGGCCACAUCUCACCUAAGUCCCGUCCCAUGGCCAACUCCACUCUGCUAGGGCUGCUGGCUCCGCCUGGGGAGGCAUGGGGCAUCCUUGGGCAGGCCCCCAACCGCCCAAACCACAGCCCCCCACCUUCAGCCAAGGUGAAGAAAAUCUUCGGCUGGGGUGACUUCUACUCCAACAUCAAGACCGUGGCCCUGAACCUGCUCGUCACGGGGAAGAUCGUGGACCAUGGCAACGGGACCUUCAGCGUCCACUUCCGACACAAUGCCACCGGCCAAGGCAACAUCUCCAUCAGCCUCGUGCCCCCCAGUAAAGCUGUAGAAUUUCACCAGGAGCAACAGAUCUUCAUCGAAGCCAAGGCCUCCAAAAUCUUCAACUGCCGAAUGGAGUGGGAGAAGGUGGAACGGGGCCGCCGGACCUCGCUCUGCACCCACGACCCGGCCAAGACCUGCUCCCGAGACCACGCUCAGAGCUCCGCCACCUGGAGCUGUUCCCAGCCCUUCAAAGUCGUCUGUGUCUACAUCGCCUUCUACAGCACAGACUACAGGCUGGUCCAGAAGGUGUGCCCGGAUUACAACUACCACAGCGAUACUCCCUAUUACCCCUCGGGGUGACCCUGGGCAGGCCACAGAGGCCAGGCCAGGGCUGGAAGGACAGGCCUGCCCAUGGAGGAGGCCAUCUGGCUGGAUACUGGGCAGGGAAGGGAAGGGAUCUCAGGCAGGGACGGGGUGGGGUGGAGAGGCGGAGAUACCGAGUGGGGACAGGGCCAAGUCUCCAGUGGUGGCAGGGAAGGGGUCCCAAGCACUGGCCCAGCUGUGGUUGUGGAGCGACUGGGACAUGGGAGCGCUGGAGGAGGAGCGGGUUCUCUGGGCAGCCCCGUGGGGCUUCCCCACUGCACAGCAAGAAGAUGCUGGGUCCGGGAGGCUUCCGGGGAAGGCAGACCAGUGUGGCCCCAGGAUAGGGCUGGAGAGGAGCCCAAAGCCUGAUCUCCCUCCUCACUGUCCUGAGGAAGAGCAGCAACAAGGAGGGGGCAUUUCAUCAGCGUGGAAACAAGUAGGCCACAAAGGACAGAAGAGAUGGGGCAGCCUGCGAGCCAGCUCUGGGAGGGGAGAGGGCCGGGGGGGGCAGGAGGAACUCUCGUGCUCUAAUGGAGGGGACCCCCCAGCCCCAUAAACCCAUGUCCUGGACUGUGGACUGAACUUAGCUUGAGGCUCAAGCGGUGACCCUUGAAGUCUUUUUGAUGUCUUGACAAGUAGACCCUCUGAUCCCAGCCAGGCCAUCCCUUUCCGAAAUUCCCUCUCCUGCCGCGGCUGUGUCCUCCCUCACUCCCGCCCCGCCUUCUGCUGAUGGGACACCCAUCCUUAAGCUGAGACAGAGGGUGACCGUGGUUCUCCCAACACUAGGGCCACAGAUGGAAGCCCGCCCUUGUGCUGUGUCCCUCUGCCACCCCACCCCCUGCCGGCUCCUCUGGGAGUGUCCUUGUCCAGCCCGCCAGCCUGGGACUCCCCUGGAUAGGGUCGGCACCUCCCCCUCUUGACCUGUGGGGCUGGGGGGCGCCAGACUGUCAAGGGCGUGCUGGACCUGUUCCAUGGUGUCUGUCUGUGGGUUGGGGAGGGGCGGGCGGGGUGUGGAAUCACCUGAUUGUCAAUUUCUGUGUGCCGAGUCUUGUUCUGGAGCCGGGAAUAAAGCUUUCCCAAGGCA